AUGUUCGGAACUCGUCAGAAAGCUGAGAACAAUCCACAUGGAUCUUCUGCUGAAUAUCGCAAAACAGCGUUAGUAAUCGGUAACAGUCUUUAUCAUAGAAAUUCCAAAUUAAAUAAUACAGUGAACGAUGCAAAUGGAAUGUGUGACGCUCUACAAUCGGUUGGUUUCAAAGUGUCGAAAGGACUCGAUCUGACAUACAGUCAGAUGCAGUCAUACAUAAAUAAGUUUAUUGAUGAUAUUCAACCAAACGAUUUGGUUUUGUUUUAUUUUUCUGGUCAUGGGACACAGUGGGAAGAUCAGAACUUUUUGGUAGCUUGUGAUGAUGAAAAUUUGACAAAAGAAAAUAUCACUCGUUAUGCCAUCAAUGCUCAAGAUGUUCUCAAACACAUGACCAGCUGCAAGCCAUUUGCGACUCUGAGUCGUGGUAAUGGCUCAGAAACACAUGGUCUUGCACCGAUGCAUGGAGAUGGAAAUACAUUCAUCUGUUUUGCAUGUGCACCGAAUCAAACAUCAUCGGAUGGGAAUAGAAUCGAUAAACAUGGCACCUUUACUAAACAUCUCCUUCGUCAUAUUACAAAACCAAAUGAACAACUACAAGACUUGAUGAUCGAUGUCAACCGUGAUGUUAUUAGAGAAACAGAUGGGGCUCAAAAACCUUGGCAACAUAUGUCACUCACUCAUAGAGAUAUCUAUCUUGCUCAUCGUGCUGAUGGAAAUCACAAUGUUGUGGCGAAUGAAGAUCAGUCUGUGAACCAUCAUCAUGGAUCAUCUGUGGCUCCAUUCGAUUCAUUCUUUUCGAAUCCGAUGCAAGAUGUUUUCUCAGAACCUAAUGUUCAUGUGAAGAAUUCUUUUCAUUACCAUUGUAGUGGUUUCAGUAGUGAUUCUGGUCCAUUUCAUCGUGAGUUCCAUGGAGAAUCGAACGGUGGUAAUUUUGAUUCUUUCAUCAAGCAGGCAGAAAGAGAUUCAGGCUACGAUCUGAAUGGCGAUGGAAAAAUCGGAUGA